UCUGGAGGAUCAAAGAAUGGGUAUUUUAGCAGCCCCUCCAGCUAACUUUAGCUUUUUGGGACCAGUCAAUUAUAAUCGAAGUGCUAUAGGUGUCUUUCUUGGACCCUAUCCUCCAACUGUUACUUAUGUCAAUUCUAGGUGGAUACGAAGAGGUGUAAUUCGUGUCCAUCAAUCUGGAAUCUAUUAUCUUUUUGAGUGUUACGAUGCUUAUGAUUUGGAUGGAAUCAUAAGGCAACACUCGACUGUCUUUGAGGGAAGAAUCAUCAACCUUAGGCGCUAUCACCGCUCCUUUAUCCCUCAAGAAAUAAACUUUGAUACUACAAGGUUGUGGGUUAGAGUACAGGGGCUUCCCCUGCUUUAUCUUACACGUGAAUGGGCAAAUCAGAUCCUCUCGCAUGUGGGCUUUAUAGAGGAAUAUGAACAGGUGGGUGUUGGAUUGCCCAUGCAUGCAAACAUCAGGGUGCGGAUGCUAGUCGACACUUCGCAACUCCUUAUUCCGGGAUGCUUUGUACCAGUAGAAGGAGAUCGAGUGGUGUGGGCCUUUUUUAGGCAUGAAGGUGCUUUUAAAUUUAAUAAAUCUUGUGGUUAUAUUGGUCAUCACAGUGAAAGAUGCAAGGUGAAGAAGGAUGUGUCCUCUUGUAAGCCUCGGUGUAGGCUAGCAGCACUAGAGCGACGAGGGAUGCGUGUGUUGUAUGGACCUGGGCAGCAGGCGUAUUACACCAACUAUGUAAAGGGGCUUCCGGAUAUUUUUCGCUAUAGAAAUCCGAAAGUCAAUCUAAUUCGACCGUCGGAACCAGAAGUCAUUCCUUUCAUGGAUAGGAAUGGAAGGGAGAUUCGGAUCUAUCAAGAGACAGCUCGGGGAGUGGUGGCACGGAACGAUACUACUCUGUUUCGGAAGGAAGUUCUGAUUCUGAUGAGAUUGAAGAAACGCGUGAUGGUGAUAGAUAGGGCUGGCAAAAACUGACCCGACCCAAAAACCCGACCCGAACCCGAUCCGAAAAAAGCGGGUUAGGGUUGAGGUUUCCGACCCAAAAACUUAAAUGGGUCGACACGAACCCGAACCCGAAAUUAAAUGGGUUAGGUUAAGGUUGAAAAUCUCAACCCGAAAACGACCCACUUAACCCGAAAUAAAUUUCAGGUCAAAAUCAGGUCGGGUCAACCCGAACCCGACCUGAUAACCCGAACUAAUUUAAGUAAGAAAAAGAAAAAAAAACGUAAAAAGCUCAUUAAGCCCGGCCCAAAUUCACAAAGAGGCUUCCAUAUAUAAAUUCAAUACCCUAAAUGAACUCAUUUCCCCUCAUUGAUCUUCAGCCGUUUUUCCCCUCACUUCUCUCUCUUUAAUUUUCUCUCUCCUCAAAAACUCAAAAAUUCGACAGAGGUAGUUCCGUUAAGCCCAACUUUACCAUUGUCAUUUCCUUGACGGCUUGAAUCCUUCACUCCUCCACGAAUUCCUCUCCUUCAUCAAAGGUUUGGCAGCAAGAAGUAGCCCACCCAUGUUCAAUUGGAAAUGUUGUGGAUCAAUUUUGAAGCUUGAGGUGGUGAACAAGGAUGACAGCCAUGACAAAUUGACAGUCCCAACAUCGCCCGAUCUUAAUCCAAAUGAAAAUCUUAUUGCAUCUUCUAUUAUUUUUUGAAAACUGUAAUUUGUGUUAUUAAAACUUUAUCUUUGGUUUGUAAUUAGUGAAUUACAAUUUUUAUUGGUUUAUUAUCGUUAAGUAGGAUUGUUACUUUGUUAGACUAA